GACUGGCAGAAAUCCGAUCGGCUGAUUGCGACUUUAGAGGAUUUCGAGUUCCCUAAGCACCCGAAAUCUGUACUUGGUCCAGUGUUCACAAGACCAAAACCAAGGACCUGAAGCUCGGCCAGAAGAUUUGCGAUUUCCAUCGCUAACCUUUAGAUCGAUUGGGUCGACUUGAACCCUUGGGUUAAACAAUUGGGUUUGACCCUCGCCAUAAGCUACGCGCACUUUCAAUCAGACACAACCAAACAUGGCCAAGAAAAGCUACGAUUUGUUGUUCAAACUGCUCCUCAUUGGGGACUCUGGUGUCGGGAAGACUUGCAUCCUGUUUCGCUUCUCUGAUGAUGCCUUCAACAACACAUUCAUCUCCACCAUUGGGAUCGACUUCAAGAUCAAGACGAUCGAGUUGCGCGGCAAGAAGAUCAAGCUCCAGAUUUGGGAUACAGCGGGACAAGAGCGGUUCCACACCAUCACCACAUCUUACUAUCGAGGAGCCAUGGGGAUUAUGUUGGUGUAUGAUAUCACAAAUGCCAAAUCUUUCGAGAACAUUGCCAAGUGGUUGCGCAACAUCCAGGAGCACGCCAAUGAGGAUGUGGAGAAGAUGAUCCUGGGCAACAAGUGCGAUAUGGACGACAAGCGCGUCAUCAGUAAAGAGCGUGGUGAAACCAUUGCUCGGGAGAACAGCAUCCAGUUCCUGGAGACUUCGGCCAAAACCAACGUCAACAUUGAGAAGGCCUUCGUGGACUUGUCGGAAACAAUCCUGGAUAACACGCCGGGCGUGACGGAGCCGCGUCAGCCCCUCCCACCGCCGAGUAGCCAUUCGGGCGGGGGCCCGUGCGGCUGCAACUAGUUCAGAGCCCAGACAGAUCCACUCAGCCAUGCCGAUUUCUACAACUACAUACCACUAUCAUUACUCCUUCCCGGAAUUACUAAUUAUACCUUUACAAGUGACAUCUUAGUCAGGCUAGUCGUUGUCAACUCAAAUGAGGAACCAUCCGAUGAGGCCCAAUCCGAUUCAUUAUGGAGUCCUUGUUGAUUUUGGGCGUGGUGUCGCAAUGUCAAUGAAGCGUCAAAGGGACUAAUUCAUUGGGCUCCUUUUGUGGGGAAUAGAUAGGCUGUUUUCCCACACGCCCGGACUGACAUCGUUCGUUAUUGCGUGGCCCAUGACCGGUUUUAUGGAUGAAAUUGAAUGUAACACACUAAGUGACGACCCCUCCAGAGAACCGAAAACGAGGGGGGCGGCGGCAACCAUUCGACCAAAAAAAUGAUUUUAUGUAAAAGUCCAAAUAAAAGUUCUAAAUCGUCA